CGUUCGCGCUCAUAUCGCGGUGCCGUGGCUGAGGCAGGUGCCGAGUUUUAACCUUAUAUAAUAUGCGAGAACUUGACCCACAUCCUUGCAGUGUUCGCGAUGUUGCUGCUGACCAAAGUGUCCAUUUCACGUCUGUUGCAACACUAUGUUGCGUGGCCCUUGGUGGCAGGAGUGCGGUUCUACUGUCCCAAUUCGCCUGCCACCGCGGCCGCGCUUUCGUCACUCGGUAAACAACCGCUCGAAGUGUUGCAAGAGAAACUGGCCAACAACGAAAUCCAACCCGACCCACAUCAGCACCGCAUCACGGAAGCGCUUCAGCUGGUGUAUAACAGUAUUCAAACGUACAGUCCGCCUAAACCGAGCACUGGCAUAGGAAAAUGGUUCAGUUUCGGGAAGGGCACCCGGAAGUUGGAUGCACCGAAAGGGCUCUACAUCUACGGAAGUGUCGGUGGCGGUAAAACGAUGCUGAUGGAUAUGUUCUACGAUUGCUGUGUGAGCGAUCGCAAACGACGUGUGCACUUCAAUUCGUUCAUGACGGAUGUCCAUGCAAAAAUCCACGACAUCAAAUCGAAACACGUCCGGGACGCUAGCAACAGCAAACCGCAGCCGUUCGACCCAAUUAAGCCAGUUGCCGAACUGAUAACCGAGGACUCGUGGUUGAUUUGCUUCGACGAAUUUCAGGUUACCGACAUAGCGGAUGCAAUGAUCUUGAAGCGGUUGUUCACCUAUCUGUUCGAUAACGGUGUAAUAGUGGUGGCGACCAGCAACCGUGCCCCCGACGAUCUAUACAAAAAUGGCCUUCAGCGUAGCAACUUCGUGCCGUUCAUUGGUGUGCUCAAAAGUCACUGCAACGUUGUGACUCUGGACAGUGGAGUCGACUACCGUACCGCGGCGCUCAAGGGGGAGAGCAAGCAUUACUUCGACAAAUCGCAGGGUGACGCCAAUGCAGCGAUGGACAAACUGUUUAAGGUGCUAUGUUCGCAAGAAAACGACAUGAUACGACCGAAAACGUUUACCCACUUUGGGCGUAACAUUACGUUUGCGAAAACGUGUGGUCAGGUGCUCGAUAGCACGUUCGAAGAACUCUGUGAUAGGCCGCACGGUGCUAGUGAUUUCCUGCAAAUAUCGCAAUUCUUCCAUACGGUUCUGAUCCGCGAUAUACCCCAGCUAAAUCUUAAACUUAAAUCUCAAACGAGGCGCUUUAUCACACUAAUUGACACGCUGUACGACAGUCGUGUGAGGGUGGUUGUUUCGGCGGACGUACCCUAUAAGCAUCUGUUUUCGAACGAAAAACCCGACGAUAUGCAUACCUCGGACGAGCACCGUAUGCUGAUGGAUGACCUUAAAAUAACCAAGGAAUCAACAGAUGCUAGCUCAAAUCUGUUCACGGGUGAGGAAGAAUUGUUUGCCUUCGACCGGACCGUGUCGCGCCUCGCAGAAAUGCAAUCAGCCGAGUAUUGGACGCUCUGGGAGAAGCAUCGUUAGUCAUUUCGAUAGGCGGGAUAAACGGGUCUUACACGGGAUGUUACAAGUGUGACUACAACAAUAGGCAGAGCAAUUGUGUACUUACGAAUGGUGCUUAAGCGUGUACAAACGGAUAUACCAAGGUUUUAGGCUUUAGCAACUGUAAAUCAAGAGAAAUGUAAAUUAUUUAAUUUAUUUUUU